AGUGAAAGUGAGAGUGAGAAUAUGGUGCCUUCACUGCUGCGAAUUUCGUCAACCCCGCCUUCAUCACCCUCACGAAUUUUCAUCGAGGACGGAGAAGCAAUAUCAACUUCAACGCUGGAAACAACCCUCAUUAAUGGGGGUAAUGAUGAUGAUGAUGAUGAUGUAGCAACAACAACAACGACAAAUAAACCUGCACCCUCACCAAUUUUGAAUGAGGAUAGAGAAGUUGAUACAACCCUCAUUAGUGAGGGUGAUGGAACAACAACAACAACAACAACAAAUAAACCUGCACCCUCACCAAUUUUCAAUGAUGAUGAUAAUGAUGAUGGAACAACAACAACAACAACAAAUAAACCUGCACCCUCACCAAUUUUAUUCGAGAAUGGAGAAGAACAAUCGAUGAGGACGUUGGAACCAAUUUUACCUUCUACUACCGGAAACGAAUCAAAUACAACUCUUGUGAUGACCAGGGAAAGGCUAUUACUCAAUAGUUCAACAUUUGAAACAUCAACUUCAGCUGUUACUUCAACUUCUACAACUACAGCGAAUACUAUGGCGGAUGAUAGUUCUUCAUUUAAGAUCAUGUUGGGGAUAGCCGAUAAUGAUGAGGAUAAUAAUAUAAAAUUUAGUGAAGGUUAUGACUGGGAGAAAAACAAGAUUCAAAAUGAUACAACUAAUAAAAAAGAUAGGGGAAAUGAUAUGAAUGAAAAAGAUAAGGCUUUGGAAAAUAAUCUAAUCAGUGAAGAAGGGAUUUUUUAUGUAGACACAGAUGAAGAAGAAGAAGCAGGACGGCUAUAUGAAAAUGAACUUAUUUAUAUGGAAGGCGGCGCUGAAAAUUAUAAACAAAUCUUACCUUUAAAUAUAGACCAAGAAGAUGAAAACCCCCUCCCCCUCCAUUUGUUGAUGAUACAAACCAAAACGAAAAUGAUGUAA